CUCCUCCUUCCCUCCCCCGUCUGUCCCCUACACAUCUCAUUCCCCCACCUCCCCUCCCGUCCCGAUAAGGCGGACAGCGACCGAGAGAAGCUCCCGGCUCCCCUCCUCUCCCCUCUCAUCGCCUGGGAGAAUCCGACAAGCUCCAUCCAUCCAGAGGAGAGGGCAGGAGGCGGAGGAGGGACGAGCGGCCGUGCCUACCUAUCUAUCUACGCCGCCGGAAUGGACUCGGAGCACUGGAUCUCGCGCCUGGCCGCCGCCAAGCGGUUCUACGCCGCGCAGCUCGGCCACGCCGAUCGGGCGGGGAUGGACGAGCUGGACAUGGACGGCGACGAGAACGCGGGCAGGCCCGACUUCGCCUGCCCCUACUGCUACGAGGACCACGACGUCGCCUCCCUCGUCGCCCACCUCGAGGAGGACCACCCCUUCGAGCCCCACGCCGCGCCUUGCCCUGUCUGCUCCGAAAAGGUUUCUAAAGAUAUGCUUAACCAUAUCACCAUGCAACAUGGGUACUUGUUCAAGAAUCGCCGCAGGUUGCGCAGAUUUGCUGUUCCAGGCAGCCAGUCGCUCUCUCUGCUGAGCCGGGAUCUACGUGAAGCCCAUUUGCAGGUGCUUCUGGGAGGUGGUGGACAUAGGUCGAGCAACAAUAAUGCCACAAAUAUUUCAGCUGAUCCUCUUCUGUCAUCAUUUGGCCUUAGCUUCCCAACAUUAGAUGCUGAGGAAACAUCAAAAUUGUCUACUCCUGCUCAGAGUGAUGUACCAGUGCUAAAAGAGGCAGCUGCUCGACCAUGGCGGUCAAGUAUUGACUCGUCGCUCACAAGGGAAGAAAGGGAGCAAGCCAGAGUGAGAGCGGCAUUUGUGCAAGACCUGCUGCUCUCCACCCUAUUCAGAGACCAAUAACUCAGAGGCGAGCCGAUGUUACCGCUACCCGGGUGCCCCCUGGACCCUGAUGCAGACUCCGAAAGGUCGGUGCCCCCAGACCAAGUUGCCGAAUGUGACAUCCAUGGAAGAUAGAUAGGGUUUGGCUCCCCAGCAAGGAAGGAGGUGCAUUAGAGUCGAUGUGGGCAUGAGGUGUCUGUCCUAAGUUAUUUGUAGCCGGUCUUUGUGUUGAGUUCCAUCAUCUCAGUUAUCGCGAUCUCGCAGGUGAUAGAUGUCUGCGCAGGUCGCGGUUGUGUCUGUACCGUACCGCUGCUUCUUUGUUUACAAGCAUUGGUUUGUUGUACCAGUUACAUAAUAAUAAUGAAUGUUGCUAUGCAACAGCAGAAGGCUAUGCAGUUUAUUUC